CGCUCUAAAGACUUGUGCGCCCCUCCAGCCUCAAGUAGUUUGCUGACUCUCUGUUUGUUGUAAUACAAUUUUGCUGACAAGGAUAAUCAAAAUCACAGUUUUCGAGUUUCGCGAAAAGGAUCCAUCCACACUCAGACAACCAGUUAAAAAAAUCAAAUCGUGAAUCUAUCCGCCGGAAUUCGAGAAUUCUUGUCCAGCUCAAUUCUAGACGCAAACAGUUAUCCAGUCCAGGAGCCGAUAUUUCUUGCCAAUAAGCAGUGAAAGUGUCAACACAUUUCGAGUGCUUAUUUGCCAAAAGUAAACGAGAGAGAAGCGCAAUCCAAGCACCCUAAGCAAAUAGUAUUCUAAGUGUUUUUCGGCAACACUUUGCGUAAAUUUUUGUUAACCCAACACAAAACCCCCCAAAAAAAACACACACAAAACAAAAUGAUGGCCGUUGCAGCUGCCCAAAAGAACCGCGAGAUGUUCGCCAUCAAGAAAUCCUACAGUAUUGAGAAUGGCUAUCCAUCCCGGCGCCGCAGCCUGGUGGACGAUGCCCGUUUUGAGACCCUGGUGGUCAAGCAGACCAAACAAACCGUCCUCGAGGAGGCCCGCAACAAGGCCAAUGACGAGUCUCUGGAGGAAUGCAUUCUGCAGGCUGAGGAGCACAUUCCCGCCGAGCAGAAUGUUGAGCUGCAGGACGAGCAGCCCAAUCUGGAGAAUCUGCCCAUGGAGAACGAAUAUGUUCCAGUUGAGGAGGAGGAUGUGGAAAUUGAGCAGGAGCAGUCGCACCAGCAGUCGCAGUCUCAGAGCCAGGAAGCCGCCGGCGAAGAGCCAACCAAGAACGAUUACGGCCUCACCGAGGACGAGAUUUUGUUGGCCAAUGCCGCCUGCUCAUCGCCGGAAGCCGAGGCUGAAAUGCAGAGCGCCGCUCUGGUGGUCCGCCUCAAGGAGGGCAUCUCCUCGCUGGGCCGUAUCCUCAAGGCCAUCGAGACCUUCCACGGCCAGGUGCAGCAUGUGGAGUCCCGGCAGUCGCGUGUCGAGGGUGUGGGCCACGAUGUCCUCAUCAAGCUGGACAUGACCCGCGGCAAUCUGCUGCAGUUGAUCCGUUCCCUCAGGCAGUCGGGCUCCUUCAGCAGCAUGAACCUGCUGGCCGAGAACAACAUCUCGGUGAAGGCCCCCUGGUUCCCCAAGCAUGCCUCCGAGCUGGACAAUUGCAACCAUCUGAUGACCAAGUACGAGCCCGAUUUGGACAUGAACCACCCGGGAUUCGCCGACAAGGUGUACCGUCAGCGCCGCAAGGAGAUUGCCGAGAUUGCCUUCGCCUACAAGUACGGAGAUCCGAUCCCCUACAUUGCCUACACCGAUGUGGAGGUCAAGACCUGGCGCUCGGUGUUCAAGACCGUCCAGGAUCUGGCCCCGAAGCAUGCCUGUGCCGAGUACCGGGCUGCCUUCCAGAAGCUCCAGGACGAGCAGAUCUUUGUGGAUCAUCGUCUGCCCCAGCUGCAGGAGAUGUCUGAUUUCCUGAGGAAGAACACCGGCUUCUCGCUGCGUCCUGCUGCAGGUCUGCUGACAGCCAGGGACUUCCUUGCCUCGCUGGCCUUCCGCAUCUUCCAGAGCACCCAGUAUGUGCGUCACGUCAACUCGCCGUAUCACACCCCCGAGCCUGACUCCAUCCACGAGCUGCUUGGCCACAUGCCCCUGCUGGCCGAUCCCAGCUUUGCCCAGUUCUCCCAGGAGAUUGGCCUGGCCUCGCUGGGUGCCUCCGAUGAAGAAAUCGAGAAGCUGUCCACGGUCUACUGGUUCACUGUUGAGUUCGGUCUCUGCAAGGAGCACGGUCAGAUCAAGGCUUAUGGCGCUGGCCUGCUGAGCUCCUAUGGCGAGCUCCUGCAUGCCAUCAGCGACAAGUGCGAGCAUCGCGCCUUCGAGCCCGCCUCGACGGCCGUGCAGCCCUACCAGGACCAGGAGUACCAGCCCAUCUACUAUGUGGCCGAGAGCUUCGAGGAUGCCAAGGACAAGUUCCGUCGCUGGGUCAGCACAAUGUCGCGUCCGUUCGAGGUCCGCUUCAACCCGCACACCGAGCGCGUUGAGGUUCUCGACUCGGUGGACAAGCUGGAGACGCUGGUCCAUCAGAUGAACACGGAGAUCCUGCACCUGACCAAUGCCAUUCACAAGCUGAAGCGGCCCUUCUAAGGCUCAUGCAGGAGCAGAUGAUACCAAGAGCAGCCCUUAGCCCAAGCCCUAAACCCAAAACCCUCAACUCACACAUACAGGUGCAACGGUCUCAUUUAUACAAAUUAAUUUUAAAUUGACAUACCGCACAAUCCCUCGUACAUUUUAUGAUUUCCCCCUUAUUAUUUACUGUUUUUUGUUUUUUGUUUUUAUUUUUUAUUUAAUUUGUCAUCUGAAGUUCUAUAUUUUGUCUGCAUAUUUAUUUUGUUGAUCAUCUUGAAUACUCCUCUCCCCCGAAACAAAAUCCAAUCCUAAGAACAUCCGCAUAUUUAUCACCGCAACUAUUAUUGGACCAAAAAAUCGUUAGACUUUUAAGUGAUGUGAAAACAAAGCCAAGCAAAGCGAAUUAGUGAGAGCUGAGAAUGCAAAGUUCAGAUACAUCCAAUAGUAACUAUAUAGACAACACAAAAACCGCUUGUAUACUCAGACCCACUACGCACACACAACACAACAACAUGUUUUUGUAUUAUUAUCAUCUUCUAUAUUCUUUACCUAGACUAUAUAGACACGCGAUAUAGUAUUUCCCGGUAUUGAGAACUUACAAAUCACACACAAAAAACACAAAAAAAUGUGAAACGGAGAACAAACAUAGAAUUUUCUUACAUUGUACAAUAACUGUAAACGACAAUAUUACUAUUGUGUACUAUUAUUAUUAUUAUCUUAUUAUUAUGCUUAUGACUAUUACGUAUUGUAUUGUAGGUAUGUAGAGUUUAAACAUUAUUAUUUGAUUUAAGUUUUGUGUAUUAAUAAAAUUACAAAAUGCAAUUGAAAAAUAA